UAUUGUUGUGAUCUUACUCAUAAUGGUUUUAUAGGUUGUGUGGAGCGUUAUCAAUAAAUCAUUUUGUUCCUUCAAAGUCAAUACAAAGACGCAACGAUUCUGUAGAAAUGAAUUCAAUCUUACUGGUUUAUGCAGUAGAUCUGCAUGUCCUCUUGCAAACAGCCAAUAUGCUACGAUCAAAGAAGAAAAUGGUAUUAUUUAUCUCUAUAUGAGGACGGCAGAGAGAAUACAUACACCUAAAAAUAGUUGGGAGAAAGUCAAGUUAUCUAGGAAUUUUGAGAAGGCCAUACAACAAAUUAAUGAAAAUCUACUUUACUGGCCUGGUUUCAUAAAAGCAAAAUGUAAACAAAGAUUUCUCAAAAUUACACAAUAUCUUAUUCGUAUGAGAAAGUUUAGAUUAAGACGACAGAAGAAGAUUGUACCACUUCAGAGAAAGAUCGAAAGAAGAGAAAGACGUAGGGAAGAAAAAGCUUUGAUUGCUGCAAGAUUAGAAAAUGCAAUUGAAAAACAACUUAUGGAAAGAUUAAAGAAGGGGAUGUAUGAGGGUAUUUACAAUUUCCCGCAACGAGUAUUCGAUAAGGCUGUGGAAUCUGUCGAAGUUGAAGGAGAAAAUGAGGAAGAAAGCGAACAAGAGGAGCAGGAAAGAGAAAUCGAGAAAGAAUUGGAAAUGGAAUUAGAAGCGGACGAGAAAGAAAUUGAACAAGAUGGUCCAGAAUAUGUUGAAGCUGAAAGUGAUGACGAUGAUGACUAUGAGGAUGAUGAUGAUGAUGAUAUUGAAGAGCUUUCUAUGGAUGAAGAUAGUGACUCUGGACAGAAGGAAGAAGUUGAAUUAUCAGACAGUUUUGAAUCCAACGCUAGUGAUAUCGAAGAUUUAGUUAAGCCAUCCACAAGCAAGAAGACAAAGGGACCGAGAGUUGUAAAGAAAGGAAAAUCGCAGAAAAAAUCACGAGCGAGAGUAGAAAUCGAGUACGAAGUGGAACAAGAGGGUCAACAGAAAAAACGAGCGCGUAUAUAGCAAAAUUGUACUAUGUAAAUAUAAUUAUCUUUAUAAUAAAAAUUAUGAAAAUCUCUAUAUAUCUAUAAAA